AUGGAGAAAGCGGAUACUCCGAGCGACCUGCCCCCGAAGUCAGAGACGGAGCUCAAGCAAGACAAGUCUUGGAGAAAUGAGAAGCAGGUUCUCCCCGAGAACAGGCUUGGUAUCGUCUUUUUUGGUUUGAUGGCUUCCGUUUUCCUGUCCGCACUGGACCAGACCAUUGUCUCGACUGCAUUGCCAACUAUCGUCGAGAAGAUAGGUGGAGGUAAAGACUACGGUUGGGUUGGAAGUGCCUAUUUGCUAGCCGCAGCUGCACUGUCCACAAUUUACGGGAAACUAUCGGAUAUUCUAGGUCGAAAGCCAGUCCUUUUUGGCUCCAUCCUUAUUUUUCUGAUUGGCUCAGCACUUUGCGGUGCCGCUCAGAAUAUGACAUGGCUUGUCGUAUGUAGAGCUGUGCAAGGUAUUGGAGGCGGCGGUAUCAUGCAACUUGUUCAAAUCACGAUAUCGGACAUCGUAUCACUGGAAGAUCGAGGAAAAUACGCCGGUCUUCUCGGUGCUACAUGGGGUGUUGCUAGUGUCAUUGGACCACUACUGGGCGGAGUAUUUGCUGAACAUGUCUCGUGGAGAUGGUGUUUCUUCAUUAAUCUCCCCACUGGAGGACUUGCGUUCGCUGUUCUUUACAUGUUCUUGAACCUCAAUCCGCAUCAGGGCAAGACCUUCCGAGAACAUAUUAGUGUCUUCGAUUUCGCGGGUCUCGCCCUCAUUAUGGGUGGCGUUGUUUGUCUCCUGAUUGGCUUCAACUUCAGCGAGACAUCCUGGAGCUCGGCGGCAACUAUUGCACCUCUGGUCAUUGGAUUUGUACUGCUGAUACUCGCUGCUGUGAACGAAUUAUUUACAUCGCGGUCACCGAUUGUACCGCCGCGUCUUUUCAAAGUACGAACGACCGGGUUUAUUCUGAUAUCCGUCUUCCUCCACGCAAUUGGGUUCUUCAGCGGGACAUUCUACUUGCCUGUUUACUAUCAAGUUCUCGGGGCCUCUGCUACCAUGUCUGGCGUCAAGAUGCUACCUUAUUCCCUUGGCUCAGCUAUCAUCUCAGUUUUUUCGGGUCAAGUUGUAGCGCGUACCGGUAGCUGGCGACCGCUCAUGUGGUUUGGUUGGGCCCUAUUCACCCUUGGAUUUGGUCUUAUGACUAUGCUGAGCGAUACCUCUUCGACUGCUAUCAAGGAAGUGUAUCCGUUGAUUGCCGCACUAGGAUUUGGCUGUCUUUUCCAGGUGCCUCUCAUCGGCCUCCAGGCAGCAAUGCCCUUAAAAGACAUGGCAACUAGCACAUCGACAUUCGGUUUCCUCAGAUUACUAGGAGGAUCCAUUGGUGUUACUAUAAGCGACGCCAUUCUCUCUGGAAUACUCGAAACGAAAGUCAAGGAUAUUCCUGACUUGACUAUUAACACUUCCGCGGCCAACUUGAACCAAAUUGUUCCGCAGAUCCAGUAUAUUCCUAAUGUUGCCCAACGCGUUGCCCUCAUGAAAGCAUACUGCCAGGCAAUCAGUACAAUCUGGGUCGUAAUCACACCAAUCGUUGGAUGUGGAUUCAUACUGGUGCUCUUCCUGAAGGCAUACACUCUGAAACGUAAUGUGAUCAGGAGUGGUGCUCAGCCUGGGGCCGACAUUGAAGCUGGCCAGGCUACGCAGGCCGCAACUGAAAAUCUUUCAGACUUACCCGUCAAUCCAUCUGCUGGGGAUGAUCAGGUUGAUGGUGAUGUCGCAGAGAAAUCACGGUCGUCAAUAUCAAAGGAAGAUGCCAGGACGAGUGAUGCCACCUAUGAUGAGAACGGACUGACUUCACAGUUGCCAGCGGGGGUGAAUCACGAACUAAUAGCAUAA